AUGUUGCGAAACCCGACCGCGCUCGCCUUUACAGCGCUGCUCAUGGUGGCUCAGGUGGCCUGCGCCUCCUUUGGCGACGACGCAAAUGACCAGGUCGGCGAAAUGUCCAUUGUCUUUCCACAAAACGACACAUACGCAGUCGUCUCGCCAUUUCCCGUAAUUUUUGGAUACCAAAACGCGCCCGCAUUGCUAUCCUACAAUUCCGAGCUCUCGUGGUCGGUUCAAUGCGCGCAAGGCUCGCUGUAUGGCAGCGACACCAUCAAUGGCUACAAGUAUGCCGAGGUGCCGUCGGGCGCGUACUAUAUCCUCAAUUCCACCAAGACACUGCAGGAUGCUCUGCCUAGCGGUAGCAAGGAUCCCAAGGGCUCGUACGGCUCUUGGCGCGGCGCGGAGGAUGCGUGCGCCUUGAGCUGGGCGUUCCACUACUGGACUGUCUGCUCCAAGCAGCCCGACGAUGCGACACUGAUCCAGUCCGGUGUUGGAAAGAGGACAGGGAAAAUGUACUUUACAGUGCGGCCCGGGGCCAAGCUGCCGAGGGAUGCUAUUCGCGAAUACCAGGGCUGUGCGCUCAAGGGAACCGCUGAAAAAGUGGCCAAUACUUCGAUUGCAUGCCCCAAUCUACUUACGCAACCAGAGGCGCAGCCCUGUAACCUUGACGUCAAGGCGGCGGCCAGCAGCCUUGCGGGAGCCGCCGUGUCGCCAACGACCUCCUUUACUGGCACAUCGACGUCCAGUAUAGUGGGAGCAACUACAACAUUGUCGUCGAGCGGGCCAAGCGGAACUGGCGGCAGCACUUCUCCAAAGAAGGACUCUUCUGCGAGCACGGUUGGGCGGGAUUCACAUUCGAUCCUGUGGACAAUUUCGACCUGCCUUUUCAUGCUCCAUUUGUAA